CAACAGACGCGCCUCUCUUGCUGGCUCCAACUCUCUUCUUAGCCUGGGAAAAGGGCCCGCCUCCUGACCCAUAAGGCCCUGGACCGGAAGUUCCCCUCUCUCUUCCUGUUCCCCACCAUGGCGCAGGAUCAAGGUGAAAAGGAGAACCCUAUGCGGGAACUGCGAAUCCGCAAGCUCUGCCUUAACAUUUGUGUCGGGGAGAGUGGAGACAGACUGACCAGGGCAGCCAAGGUACUGGAGCAGCUCACAGGCCAGACGCCAGUGUUUUCUAAAGCUAGGUACACUGUCCGAUCCUUCGGCAUCAGAAGAAAUGAAAAGAUUGCUGUCCACUGCACAGUCCGUGGGGCCAAGGCCGAAGAAAUCCUGGAGAAAGGCCUAAAGGUGCGAGAGUAUGAGUUAAGGAAAAACAACUUCUCCGAUACUGGCAACUUUGGUUUUGGCAUCCAGGAACACAUCGAUCUGGGCAUCAAAUAUGACCCCAGCAUUGGCAUCUAUGGCCUGGACUUCUAUGUGGUGCUGGGUAGACCGGGUUUCAGCAUCGCAGACAAGAAGCGCAGGACAGGCUGCAUUGGGGCCAAGCACAGAAUCAGCAAGGAGGAGGCCAUGCGCUGGUUCCAGCAGAAGUAUGAUGGGAUCAUCCUUCCUGGCAAAUAAAUUCCUGUUUCUGUGCAAGAGGCCAAUAAAAUGUUUUCAGUAAAA